AUCAUCAGUUUUGGAUGUAGAGUAAGAGUUGCAGCUGCAGAUUAAGGGAAAACCGGAAGCAGCUCUCUCAUGUCAUGUGUUCCUAUUCCUCAACCAAUGUCUUUGAUAGUGGAAAACACAGCACCCAUGUUCAAAGGGUUGAAUGGAGAUCAACCACAUGCACCGGUAAUUACAAUUGUUCAUUUCUCUAUUGCUUAUAUAUUGCAACGCCUCUUGAAGAUGGAGAGUUCCCAAUUCUGCUUUUCCUCCAUGGCUACCUUCUUUAUAAUAUCUUCUACUCCCAACUUAUCCAACACGUUGCUUCUCAUGGCUUUAUUGUCAUUGCUCCACAGUUAUAUACGGUGGCUGGACCCGAUACAAGCGAUGAGAUUCAUUCUGCAGCAGCAAUAACAAAUUGGCUAUCUGAAGGACUCACCAAAUUCCUGCCAUCAAAUGUAAGGCCGAAUUUCAGCAAGUUAGCACUGGCAGGCCAUAGUCGCGGAGGCAAAACAGCAUUCGCUCUUGCUCUGAGAAAAUUAAACACGACCACUAAUCUCAGGUUUUCGGCUGUAAUUGGAGUGGAUCCGGUGGAUGGAAUGGACAAGGGAAAGCAAACUCCGCCGCCAGUUCUGACAUAUGUCCCUCACUCAUUCGAUGUUGAUAUGGCUGCAUUGGUGAUAGGGUCAGGGCUAGGUGAAGUGAAGAGGAAUCCCUUGUUUCCCCCUUGUGCACCGAAAGGUGUGAACCAUGAGAACUUCUUCAGUGAAUGCCAGAAACCAGCUUGGUAUUUUGUGGCCAAGGAUUAUGGGCAUCUUGACAUGCUUGAUGAUGAUACCAAGGGACUUGCAGGGAAAGCUACUUACUGUCUAUGCAAGAAUGGGGAAUCAAGGAAACCAAUGAGGAUGUUUGUUGGAGGAGUUAUUGUUGCAUUCUUGAAUGCUUACCUCAAUGGAGAUAACACUCACUUGUUGGCUACAACUGCAACAGAUAGGCAUCAGAGCGUACCAAUACCAUUGGACUUCAAAUUUGAUUGUCUUGUUUGAAAAAAAGAUCAUACAAUAUAUACUUGCGUGCUCGUCGACACAUGUACUUAAUUAGUUUUCAGGAAAUAGCCGAUUCUAUUUCCUUACACUAUACGUUCAUAAGGAUAGCACAUUUUACUUCCCAUGGUGACAGUUCAAGGUAAAUCAUGAACAUACAUGCUAUGUUUCGUUUCA